CGUUGGUCCAUUGCGAGUGACUGCUUCAGGCGUAUAUAACCAUACUAUUCACAUACUCUACAAGUUGACAAUUUACAUGAUAGAAAAAAAAAAUUUUAAUAUAGUCGAUACUUUUCUUCAAUUUAAAUCACAAGUGAAUUGAACAUUUAUUUAUUUUCUUUUUUUUUGGUUAAUUUAAAACGAUUUAUUGAUUUAUUGUUAUACUUUUAAAUUAACUUGAUGUUGCUUAAUUAAAAAAAAAUUAUUGUGGUGCAAUUAAGAUUCUAAAUGCUAAAUGAUUUUAAUAAGUCAUUUUUUUUUUUUUUUUUAAACUGAAAAACAAUUUUUGAUUCAAAGUGUAUUUGUUUUUUUUGUUUUUAAAGUGUUGUUUUAUUGGAUUACAGUUUUUUAGUUUUAGUAAUUAUAUAAAAUCAUAUAAUUAUAAAUUUUUUUAAUCAUUAUUAAAACAAAUAAUAAUAAUUUAAAAUUCAAAAUAUAUAGUUGAAAAAUAAUCAAUAUAAACAAUUUAAAAAAUGGAUACAUUUUUAAUAAUUGGUAUCUGUUUUCUUUGCUAUGAAGUUUGUGAUUUAAUAGUACGUUAUGCAACACCACCAAAUAGUGGACCUCAAGAUACUGGACCAUCAACACCACCAUCUCCUCGUGUUUAUUCAAUUUCACAAAAAAUUCCAUCAAAAUAAUUUCAUAAUAAAGCUCAAUGACUUAUGACUAAAAAUAUUUGAUAAAAAACAAAAAAAAAUGUCAUUUCAAUUUGUCAAGUUGUUGAGGAAAUGAUUGAAUACUCUUGAGGAUACAUUUAAUCGUGACCCAACGACCACAAACGGAAUCAAGUGCAAGUGAGUCUAUUGAUAAACCACAUCAAUGUUGUAACUCUCUGGUUUCUGAAAAUAAACCAAGUGUUUGUUUUCGUAUUCUCGUUGAGUUCGAUAGAACAAUCUCGUGAGAAAUGAGAGUUGCUAAACUUGAGUUUAAAUUUGUUUAAACAACUAAGUUCUAUCCAUCUGACUUAAAUCCCUACAAAUUAUUAUUAAACAAUAAAACAUGUUCUGUUUAUAUUACAAAAAAAAAAAAAAAAACAAUCAAUAUAAUAUGUUUUAAUUAAUGUAAUUAAUGUUAAUGUUAAUUAUAAAACAGUCGAAGGAUUUCAAAUAAUUGAAAGUUUAAUUAUCGAUGUUUACAUAAUAGCAAUGUGUUUGUGAAUUUUAUGUGAGUGUGUGUGUGUCUGUGUUGUGUAACAAUCCUUUGUAAUUCAACUCGAGUAUCAAUACCUAAUGAAUUAAUUGAAAGACUAUCAUGUACAAUGAUAAUGCAUCAUUGAAUUAUCAAAUGAAAAAAUUGAUAUCAAAAUCAUCCUUAACAACAGUAUUGAAUUAAUUAAAAAAAUUCAUUCACCUAUUUUUUUCGUUUCUAUUCAUUGAUAUGCUGUAUCAUGCAGCUUUUUGAUAUUAAAAAAAAGAAAAAAAAAAUGACAUACAAAUGAUUGGCAAAUCAUAACAAUAGAAUAUAAAAUAAAAAAAAUUUAUUUGAUGAUGGUGAAAAAUUUGAUGUUUUGAAAAGAAUAAAAAUGAAAUCGAUAUGCUUCAACGUGGAUACUUAUUUAUUGUGACCCGGUUGAAAACUUGAGUAAUCUGUAUCAAAAAGGAUUUGCCAAAAAGAGGAAAAAAGAAUAUAUAUAAAAAAUAAUAAUAAUUGUUAUUAUAAUAAUAAUAGAGAAGAAAGAAAAGAAAAAAGAAAAAAUGGAUUCGUUGGAGCGUACGAUGAGUUCUGGAUCUCAUCAUUCAGCUCUAACAGCAGCAUCACGAACUCAAAAUGCUUGUGUCCAAGCAAGUUUGUGCUCGGUGAUUGGACGAAAGGGUCGUCAUUUAACUGGCACAUUUUGUCUCACUGGUGACACAAUGGAGGGCAUUAUACAAUGUCUUGUUUUUCUCAAAGCAUUUUCGCUUGUUGGUGGUGAAUUUGACAUGGAAUUAAAUUUUGUCAUUCAAGAUGCUCAAAAUAUUAGACACAUGUUGGAACUUCUUGAUCACUGUCCGCCAAAUCUUCAGGCUGAAAUAUGGAGUGUUUUUAUUGCAAUACUGAAGAAAAGCGUGAGAAAUCUUCAGGCAUGUACAGAUGUCAGUCUCAUUGAACACGUACUUUUGCGUCUGUCACGAGCAGAAACAGUUGUUGCAGAUUUAUUGAUCGAUAUGUUGGGCGUGCUUGCAAGCUACAGUAUAACAGUUAAAGAAUUAAAAUUACUAUUUGGUGCAAUGAAAGCUAUCAAAGGAAAAUGGCCUAGACAUUCAGCAAAAUUGUUGAACGUAUUACGUCAAAUGCCCCAGCGAAAUGGACCAGAUGUAUUUUUCAGUUUUCCUGGUAGAAAAGGAUCUGCAAUUGUAUUACCGCCAAUGGCAAGAUGGCCUCAUGAAAGUGGCUACACAUUUACAACUUGGUUUCGUCUUGAUCCUAUCAAUUCCGUCAACAUUGAACGAGAAAAGCCGUACCUUUAUUGUUUUAAAACGAGUAAAGGAGUUGGUUACUCGGCACAUUUCGUUGGUAAUUGUCUGGUACUUACAUCAAUGAAAGUCAAAGGCAAGGGCUUCCAGCACUGUGUCAAAUAUGAAUUUCAGCCACGAAAGUGGUACAUGAUUGCCAUAGUUUAUAUUUACAAUAGAUGGACUAAAAGCGAAAUAAAAUGUUUAGUUAAUGGUCAGCUAGCAUCAAACACCGAAAUGGCAUGGUUUGUUUCAACAAAUGACCCAUUUGAUAAAUGUUACAUUGGUGCAACACCAGAAUUAGAUGAAGAGAGAGUAUUUUGUGGUCAAAUGAGUGCAAUUUAUUUGUUCAGUGAGGCAUUAACAACACAUCAAAUUUGUGCAAUGCAUCGAUUGGGUCCAGGAUACAAAAGCCAAUUUCGAUUUGACAACGAGUGUUAUUUAAAUUUACCAGAUAAUCAUAAAAGGGUGAGUGAAGAACAGGAGCACCAAAGCAUGGUCGACCAAAGUAUGCAAUCUGUGCUAUAUGAUGGAAAACUUUCAAACGCAAUUGUGUUUAUGUACAACCCAGUUGCAACGGAUUCUCAAUUGUGUUUACAAAGUGCACCAAAAGGAAAUGUUUCAUACUUUGUACACACACCUCAUGCACUCAUGUUACAGGAGGUUAAAGCUGUUAUUACACAUUCCAUACAUAGUACAUUAAAUUCCAUCGGUGGUAUUCAGGUUUUAUUUCCAUUAUUUUCACAAUUAGACAUGCCUUAUGAUUGUAUAGCACCAAAUGACAUCAAAAGAGAUCCAACACUCUGUUCAAAACUUUUGGGAUUUAUAUGUGACCUCGUUGUAACUUCACAAACCGUACAACAACAUAUGGUACAAAAUCGAGGAUUUCUAGUCAUCAGUUUUAUGUUACAACGUGCGAGUAGAGAACAUCUCACUACUGAAGUUCUUGUAUCAUUUUUAGAACUUACAAAACAUCUUGUAACUUGUCUCAGUGCAAAUAGUGAUUUGUUAUUAAAACAGUUUUUUUAUAUUUCAUUUCAAACAUGGCAGCUUUUGGAUCAUAUUCUCUUUAAUCCUGCAUUGUGGAUAUACACACCAGCUCCAGUACAAACACGUCUCUAUUCAUAUUUGGCAACUGAAUUUCUCAGUGAUACACAAAUAUAUUCAAAUGUUAGACGUGUUUCAACUGUUCUACAAACAGUUCAUACACUCAAAUAUUAUUAUUGGGUUGCAAAUCCACGAGCUAAAAGUGGAAUAACACCAAAAGGAAUAGAUGGACCUAGACCACAACAAAAAGAUAUUCUAACAAUUCGUUCAUAUAUAUUAUUAUUUUUAAAACAAUUAAUAAUGAUUGGUAAUGGUGUAAAAGAUGAUGAACUACAAAGUAUAUUAAAUUAUUUAACAACAAUGCAUGAGGAUGAAAAUUUACAUGAUGUUUUACAAAUGUUAAUAUCAUUAAUGUCAGAACAUCCAUCAUCAAUGGUACCAGCAUUUGAUUCAAAACAAGGUGUACGAACAAUAUUUAAACUUCUUGCUGCUGAAAGUCAACUAAUACGUUUACAAGCAUUAAAAUUACUUGGUUUUUUUUUAAGUAGAAGUACACAUAAACGUAAAUAUGAUGUUAUGAGUCCACAUAAUUUAUAUACAUUAUUAUCUGAACGUAUAUUACUUAAUGAAGAAACAUUAUUAUUACCAACAUAUAAUGCACUUUAUGAAAUAAUGACUGAACAUAUUAGUCAGCAUAUACUUUAUACAAGACAUCCAGAACCAGAAUCACAUUAUCGUCUUGAAAAUCCAAUGAUAUUAAAAGUUGUUGCAACAUUAAUAAGACAAUCAAAACAAACUGAACAAUUACUUGAAGUUAAAAAAUUAUUUUUAUCUGAUAUGACAUUACUUUGUAAUAAUAAUCGUGAAAAUCGUCGUACUGUAUUACAAAUGUCUGUAUGGCAAGAAUGGCUUAUUGCAAUGGCAUAUAUACAUCCUAAAAAUACUGAACAACAAAAAAUAUCUGAUAUGAUUUAUUCAUUAUUUCGUAUGUUAUUACAUCAUGCUAUUAAACAUGAAUAUGGUGGUUGGCGUGUAUGGGUUGAUACAUUAGCAAUUGUACAUUCAAAAGUAUCAUAUGAAGAAUUUAAAUUACAAUUUGCACAAAUGUAUGAACAUUAUGAACGUCAAAGAUCAGAUAAUAUAACUGAUCCAGAAGUUAGACAACAAAGACCAAUUAGUACAAUAUCUGGAUGGGAUCAACAACAACAUUCAAUUAAUAAUGGUUUUACUAGACCAUCAUCAUGGAGUGUACAACAAUCAGAGGAUGUACAAUCAAUUGAAAGAAAUUAUAAUAAAGAAUUUGAAACAAUUGAAGGAAAUGAUAGACUUGAAGAAUCUUGUAGUUGUGAUUUAAAUUCAAUUGAUAAUACAACUGAGAGUGAUGGUAGUCCAUCAAUUGCUGUUAAAUCACCAACUGAUAAUCCAAUACAAUCAAGUGAAGUAAUAUCAUUAGAUUCAAGAUUAAGUGAAAAAAUUGAAGAACCAGAAACAAUUGUUGAGAAUCAUAUAGAUACACCAACGAUACUUGAACAAGUAAAUAGUGAAGCAAUUUCAUUACCAACAACAACACAAGAAACUAGUGAAGUAACUUCAACUGAAAACUCAAGUGAGGGAUACAGUGAAGUUCAAAAAGUUGAACUAUUGACUAAUGAAACAGUAAAUAAAGAUGAAAAUAAUGAAAAUGUUAGUUUAGAAAAUGAUUUAAGUGGUAAAGAAAGUAUUGACAUUGUUGAUGAAGAAAACAAAAAAUCUGAAUCAACAAAUUUAAUUGAAAAUGAGGUAAAAAAUGUAACUGAAAACACUUUAGAUGAAAAAGAAAUAAUUAAAGAUGUAACAGAAAAAAUUGUAGAUGAAAAAGAAACAAUUGUAGAUGAAAAAAAAGAAAUUUUAGAUGAAAAAGAAAAAAUUACUGAUGUAACAGAAAAAAUUUCAAAUGAAAAAGAAGAAACUUUAAAUGACACAGAAAAAAUUGUAGAUGAAAAAGAAAAAAUUGUAGAAGAAAAAGAAAAAAUUUUAGAUGAAAAUGAGAAAAUUUUAGUUAGCUCUGUUGAUGAAAAUAAAAAGGAUGAAAUUACUGAUGAAAAAGAAAAAGAUUUAGUUCAAUCAAACGAUGUGAUAAUUGAAAAUGUAGCAGAGUGUAAAAUUGAAGUAAAUGAAAUUGAACAAGAGAAGACAUCUGAUGACAAAUCACCUAUUGAAAAUAGUAAUGACGACAGUAAAAUUGAGAAUCUUGAAAUAUCAGAAGUACCCAAAGAGAAAACCAACGAAGUUGAAGAAACAAAUGAUCAACAAGAUCAAAGAAUAAAAUCAUCUCCAAAUUUAUCUCCUGAGCAUAAAUUAAAUACUGAAAUUACUACUGAAAAAUGUGAUGAAAAUAAAAUUGAAAAUAAAGAGACUGCUGUACCAACACUUGAUGUAGAUAUAAAUGACAUUAAAACCGAUAUUAAAAGUGAAGAUAAUCAUGUAGAAAAUGUUGAAAUACCAAUUGAAAAUGAUAAAUCAUGUGAAAAAAUUAUUGACAAUCAGCAAGCUGUUGAAAAUUCAUUAGAAAUAAAUGAAGAAAAUAAAUCAAACAAAGAAGAAGAAAAAGAAGAUAAAGAAGAAACUUCUAACGUGAUAGCUGAAAAUAAAAUAGUUGAAAUAAAAAAUGAAAAAGAAAAUUCAAGUAUUGAAAAUUCUGAAAUAAUAAUAGAAAAAAAUAAUGAAAAAACAGUGUCAAAUGAAAAAUUAAAUGAAAUUAAUAAUAUUGAAAUAAAUACUGAUACUGAUAAAAAAGAAAUAAAAAUAAUUGAAGAUACAAAUUGCUCAACUAGUAGUACGAACAAAGUAAAUUCUACUUGUGUUGAUGAAUCACCUUCAAUAAUAAUUAUUGAUGAUAAUAAAACAUUGGAAAAUUGUAAUUUAACAAAUGGCAAUAUUGAAAAAUUAAAUAAUGAAAUUGACAUUAUAAAUGAUAGCAAUGAAAUUAUUAAUAAUGAAAUAAUAAAAAAAGAUACAACUGAAGAACCGUCCAAUAUUUCAACAAUAAUAUGUGAUAAUGUUACAGUUAAUAAUAAUGAUGAUGAUAAUGUAGAAAUUAAUGAUAGUUUAUCAAAUUGUAACAAUAUUGAAAAUACUAUUGAUAAUAAUAAUAUUCAAGUGCCAAAUAAUAUGACCCAAAUACCAACAAUAUCAACAGUUUGUGAUGCAAAUAAAAUAUUAUCCGAUGGUGUGCCUCAAAAUAAUAGUUCAAAUGUUAUUGAUAUCAAUGAUGAUUCAUUAAUAAAUGAUACAAUAACAAUAAAUGAACAUGUUGAUAUUCAUAGAAGAUCAAGUUUACCAAAUGUAUCAACUGAUAAUAUUGAUGAUAUUAAUGGUGAUGGUGAUACACCAUCAUUACCAGUACCACUUAGAAAAAAUUCAUCACCCCAAAAAAGACCAAGGAGUGCCUCAACAUCCACUCAAGUGGAUCCAAAUCAUUUUGAUUCAAAAAGAGCAAAGCAAGGAAAUACAUCAAGCAGACCAAUGUUCAGUCCAGGACCAAGUAGACCACCCUUCAGAAUACCUGAGUUCAAGUGGUCUUAUAUACAUCAAAGACUUUUAUCUGAUGUGCUAUUUUCACUUGAAACUGACAUUCAAGUUUGGAGAAGUCACUCGACAAAAUCAGUACUGGAUUUUGUUAACAGCAGUGAAAAUGCAAUAUUUGUUGUGAAUACAGUACAUCUCAUAUCACAACUUGCUGACAAUCUUAUUAUUGCCUGUGGUGGUUUAUUGCCAUUACUUGCAUCAGCAACAUCACCAAAUAGCGAAUUGGAUGUGAUUGAACCAACUCAGGGUAUGCCAAUAGAAGUUGCUGUUUCUUUUCUUCAGAGGCUAGUCAAUAUGGCUGAUGUACUUAUUUUUGCAAGUUCACUUAAUUUUGGUGAACUUGAAGCUGAAAAAAAUAUGUCGAGUGGUGGAAUACUACGACAAUGUUUACGCCUGGUUUGUACUUGUGCUGUUAGAAACUGCUUAGAGUGUAAAGAACGUGGCAGAUCAUACAGCAUGUUAGGCAGACAAAUUGGUACUAGUAAUAAAUCACAGCACAUACAAUCCCUUAUUCCAGGAGCACAAACACCGCCAAAGAAUAUUAUGGAUAAUUUGACUGAUCAAUUAAGUCCAGUUAAAAAUCCUGAUAAGCUGUUGCAAGACAUGGAUGUCAAUCGAUUGCGAGCUGUUAUUUACAGAGAUGUUGAAGAAACCAAACAGGCACAGUUUCUGUCUCUGGCUAUAGUUUACUUCAUCUCUGUACUUAUGGUAUCAAAAUAUCGUGAUAUUCUGGAACCACCAGUAUCACAACGACCACCAAGUCCAAUUCAAUCAAUUAAAACAAAUGGUGCCAAUAAUCGAUCAGGUAGUCCUCCAGGAGAUGGGAAUGGUGGUGGAGGAGGUCGUCCACUGUUUCCACAGUGGUCACACCACGUCUAUCCUCAGUUCCUUCCGGGUUCACACCCCAACGCCAAUGUCAAUGCCAACAAUCACAUGAGCCAGCACCACCACCAGCACCCGCAACAACCAGCAGUCAGACACACAAAUCGCCAGACCCAAUCCAGCUAUUAUCUCCCAAAUCAUCACAGUAAUAAUCAUUACAAUCAUCACCCAAAUAAUUACAACUAUCAUCGUCACCAUCAUUAUCAUCAUCACAAUAACAACAAUCACCAUCACGCGCUUCAAAAACAUAAUGAUCAACCCCGAAAUAUUUAUCAUAGAAACUCCGGUGUUGGUAUGCAAGAAACUGGAGGAAUGAUCAGUCAAUCUGGAUCACAAGAUGAUGGAGAAUAUGAAGUUAUAAUUGUUGAUGAAAAUAAUUCAUCAAUUCUUGCUGAUAAUGACAUAACUUCUUCAGGGCCACCAUCAACCAAGGGAGGUCACAGUGGUGUACCUCAAACGCGGACAAUCCUCGAGGAUUACAACUCGUCUGAGCCAAAUCUCGGUACUUCGACGAAGCCUGAUCAAGUGCCAAGAAACAAUCAGAGUAAUGAUUCUAGUGAAGAGGCAAUGCAUCGUAGUAAUAUAACAACUGAUAAUGAAAAUAAACACAAUUCAUCAGAAGAAGCAUGGACAGAUGUUAAUUUAAAUGAAGAUGGUGAUAUUUCAAUGACAAAUGAUACACGUAAUAUGCGUAAUAAAGCACAUACACGUGAUGCUGAUAUUGAAGGAAAUGUUAAUGAUCAUUCAGAACGUGGUGAAAAACCAUCUGGUGAAAUAUCUGUUGUUCGUGUACCUGAUGGUAUUGUUGUUAAUAAUUCAGCAUCACCAAGACCAGAUGAUUUACCAAUAAAAGGUCUUGUUGAACAUUUACCAACACCAACACCAUCAAGAGAAGCAUCAUUAACACAAAAACUAGAAACAGCACUUGGUUCUGUUUGUCCAUUAUUACGUGAAAUAAUGGUUGAUUUUGCACCAUUUUUAUCAAAAACACUUGUUGGAUCACAUGGUCAAGAACUUCUCAUGGAAGGAAAAGGAUUAACGACUUUUAAAAAUAGCAACUCAGUUGUUGAGCUUGUGAUGCUUUUAUGCUCACAAGAGUGGCAGAAUUCAUUACAAAAACACGCAGGACUUGCAUUUAUAGAACUUAUCAACGAAGGAAGAUUAUUGUCUCACGCUAUGAAAGAUCAUAUUGUUAGAGUUGCAAAUGAAGCUGAAUUUAUUCUUAAUCGUAUGCGAGCUGAUGAUGUUCUUAAACACGCUGAUUUUGAGUCACAAUGUGCACAGACAUUGUUGGAUCGUCGAGAAGAGGAGAGAAUGUGUGAUCAUUUGAUAACAGCAGCAAGAAGACGUGACACUGUAAUUGCAAGUAGAUUAAUGGAAAAAAUUCGUAAUAUAUUAUCAAACAAACAUGGUGCUUGGGGAUAUAUGGAUCCAAUGGCUGCCAACAUUGAUGAACUUGACAGGUUAACUGAAUUUUGGAAAUUGGAUGCAUGGGAGGAUGAUGCAAGACGACGUAAACGUUUUGUACAUAAUCCGAUGGGAACAAGUCAUCCUGAAGCAACGCUAAAAGCUGCACUUGAACAUGGAGCACCUGAAGAUGCAAUAUUACAAGCACGUGAAGAAUUUCAUGCACAUUUAGCUGCAUCAAGAUCACAUCAACAACAAAUACAAUCGACUGAUCUUAUGGAUGACAGUGAAUUACUCUCUGAUGAUCGUGAUCUUGACAAUGACUUGACAGGACCAGUUAACAUCAGUACUCGUGGUAAAUUAAUUGCCCCAGGUGUUGUGGCAAAUGGAAUUAUUUCAAUAACAUCAACAGAAUUAUAUUUUGAAGUUGAUGAGGAUGAUCCAGAAUUCAAGAAAAUCGACAGUGAGAUUCUCAAGUUUUGUGAUCACUUGCAUGGAAAAUGGUACUUUUCCGAAGUUCGUGCAAUAUUCUCACGUCGUUAUCUUUUGCAGAAUGUUGCAAUCGAGAUUUUCCUUGCAAGCAGAACUUCAAUCCUGUUUGCUUUUCAAGAUCAAUUGACUGUAAAAAAAGUCAUCAAAGCAUUGCCUCGAGUUGGUGUUGGCAUCAAAUAUGGUAUUCCCCAAACAAGAAGAGCAUCGAUGAUGUCACCACGACAAUUAAUGAGAAGUUCAAAUAUGACACAAAAAUGGCAAAGACGUGAAAUAUCAAAUUUUGAAUAUCUCAUGUUUCUCAACACCAUAGCCGGACGAACUUAUAAUGACUUGAAUCAGUAUCCAGUAUUUCCCUGGGUUUUAACAAAUUACGAAACUAAAGAUCUUGACCUCAGUCUGCCCAGCAAUUAUCGUGAUUUGUCCAAGCCGAUUGGAGCACUCAAUCCAAGUAGAAAAGCAUACUUUGAAGAUCGAUUCCAAACAUGGGAACAUGACAGCAUUCCACCGUUUCACUAUGGCACUCAUUAUUCAACUGCAGCUUUCGUUCUCAAUUGGCUCAUACGUGUUGAACCAAUGACAACAAUGUUUUUGGCACUUCAAGGUGGUAAAUUUGAUCAUCCCAAUAGAUUAUUUUCAUCAAUUGCUUUAUCUUGGAAAAAUUGUCAACGAGAUACAUCUGAUGUUAAGGAACUCAUACCAGAAUUUUUUUUUCUACCUGAGAUGUUGGUAAAUAGUAAUCAUUAUCGCCUUGGUAGACAAGAUGAUGGUAGCUCAGUGGGCGAUGUUGAAUUACCACCCUGGGCGUCAUCACCCGAGGAGUUCAUUCGUAUCAACCGAAUGGCAUUGGAGUCGGAGUUUGUCUCGUGUCAAUUGCAUCAGUGGAUUGAUUUGAUAUUUGGAUACAAACAACGAGGACCUGAAGCUGUUCGUGCAACAAAUGUUUUUUACUAUUUGACCUAUGAAGGAAGUGUUGAAUUAGAUGCAAUAAGUGAUCCAGUUAUGAAAGAGGCAAUUGAAAAUCAAAUUAGAAAUUUUGGACAAACACCAUCACAGCUUCUUAUGGAGCCACAUCCACCUCGUAGUUCAGCAAUGCAUUUGUCGCCAAUGAUGUUUUCAAGUAUUCCCGAUGAUGUUUGUAUGACAAUUAAAUUUCCAUCAAAUUCACCAAUUUGUCAUAUAUCAGCAAACACAUAUCCACAAUUGCCAUUACCAUCAGUUGUCACAGUAACAACUGGCCAACAAUUUGCUGUUAAUCGUUGGAAUAUUAACUAUGCUGCUUCUGUUCAAUCACCGAGUUACGCUGACACACCUCAGGCACAGGCAGUCAAUCAGCCACUAUCAGUUGAUCCAGUCUUGUAUCAAACAUCAAACAGUUCAAAUCCAGCACUUAAACGACACUUGGGUGAUAAUUUUAGUCAAAAAUUAAAAAUACGAAGUAAUUGUUUUGUUACAACAGUAGAUUCAAGAUUCCUCGUUGCUUGUGGUUUUUGGGAUAAUAGUUUCCGUGUAUUUUCAACUGAAACAGCUAAAAUUGUACAAAUUGUAUUUGGACAUUAUGGAGUUGUAACGUGUUUAUCAAGAAGUGAAUGUAAUAUUACAUCUGAUUGUUAUAUUGCAUCUGGUAGUUCUGAUUGUACAGUAUUACUUUGGCAUUGGAAUGCAAGAACACAAACUAUUGUUGGAGAGAGUGAAGCACCAGCACCACGUGCAACAUUAACUGGACAUGAACAGCCAGUAACUGCUGUUGUUAUUUCAGCAGAACUUGGUCUUGUUGUUUCUGGAUCUUUUAAUGGACCUGUUCUUGUACACACAACAUUUGGUGAUUUGUUACGUUCACUUGAAGCACCAAAUGGUUUUAUUUCACCUGAAAAUAUUGCAAUGUCUAGAGAAGGUGUUAUUGUUAUUAAUUAUGAACGUGGUGAUAUUGCAGCAUUUACUAUUAAUGGCAAACGAUUGCGUUAUGAAUCACACAAUGAUAAUUUACAGUGUUUAUUGUUGAGUCGAGAUGGUGAAUACCUGAUGACUGGUGGAGACAAAGGUAUCGUUGAAGUUUGGAGAACAUUUAAUCUUGCUCUUCUUUAUGCAUUCCCACUUUGUGAAAGCAGCAUUCGCUCCUUGGCAUUGUCUCAUGACCAAAAGUUUUUACUUGCUGGUCUUGCAAAUGGAUCAAUUGUUAUUUUCCACAUUGACUUUAACAGAUGGCAUCAUGAAUUUCAACAACGUUAUUGAAAUUAUGGCUAUCUUUUCAUCCGUUACUAAAAAUAAAUAUUAUAAAAAAUUAAAAAUCGAUGGAAAGUUAGUCUUAUAAAAAUGUCAAUGCAUAAAAAAUGUGUAUAAUAAUAUAAAUGGAUAUAAUCCAGCCAACUAAUAUAAUUAAUACUUCAAGUUUGAAGUUGAAAAAGAUAAAAUUAAAGGCAAAAAUCGCCGAAAAAAUAAUAUAAUUAAUAAAAUAAAAUCUGCCUCAAGUAUGAAGCAUGAUAUAGUAGUUGGAAAUUUUAAUUUCAAGCUCAUAAAGUACUUAAAAAAUAAAAUUGUUUUGUAUUAUGAAAAUGAUCCGAAUGUACUUAGACUAUUAGUCACGUAUGUGAGACUGGAAAAUUGAAUGAGAAAAAAAAAAAGCGGAUAAAUCCAAGAGGCAUUCUCAUUCAUAAUAAUUUUUUUCUUGUAUUCUUUUUUUUUUUUUUUGUUGAAAGGUUUGUUUAUUUCAAUUAUAAAAGUAUAAUUUAUUAGGCAGCUUGACAAGUGUCUUUCUGAUCGACUGAUUCAAAAGUUACACAGAAAGCUAGUCAAUUAAUAUUAAUAAUAAUAAUAAUAAAGGAAAAUUGCUUAAAUAAAAAACAAAAUGCAAAUUAAUUUUUUAAUGCAUAACGUGAGUAAAUUGUAUACAUAUAUGUAUAUUAUUUUCCUGUGUAAAUAUCAAUAAUCUCAAAUUGAAAAUAAUAUCCCUCGCAGUUAUAAAAAAUAUAAAUAUUAAUAUGAAAAAAAAAAAAUAAAUAUAUAUAAAAAAAUAUACAAACAAUAAUGCUUUUAAAAAAAUGAAAAAAAAUCGCGUGUGUUCACAAAUAACAAAUAAAUAAAUAAAUAAACAUUCCCUCUGAUAAAUAAAACGAGUUGGCAAAAAAAAAAGUAAUAAUAAUUAAAGUGUCGUAAAUUAUUAUAAAUAUUUACGAACUUAAAAAAAUUAAGGAAUAGUAAAAGAUCCUAAUUUGAUCAGAGCCGUCCACUUUGUGAAGUACUUUAUGAUAUUUUCGCAUGCGCAUUGUACUUAAUUAUUGUGAAAUAAAAUUUUAAUAAUAAUGAUAAUUUUAAUUAUUAAAAAUACAACAGUUACACGUAAGUAAAAAAAAAUUCAAAACACGUUUACUUUGUGGUAUAAAUUAAUUAUUAAUAAAUCCAAUCAAUUUUUUAAUUUGCCAUUUGAUUAAAUUGUUACUUAAAUAUAUUUGUUAUUUGAGUAUUAAAUAAUUGUAUAAUUAUAAAUGUAAAAAAUAAUAAUAGAAGAAAAAUGGGGGGCAGAAAACAAAAACAUAAAUAAACAACAUAUAUAUUAUAAUAUAUUAUAUACUUGUGCUAAAUGCAUACUGUAAUAUAAUUGGCGUACGCAAUCGAGUACUUAAUUAAUAAAAAUAUAGAUUUUAAUAAUUGAAAAAUUGAAAUAAAAAAAAAAUAGAACAGCACGUGCUUUUACAAAAAUAAAAAUACAUUUUAUCAUCACUCUACAUGCUGAGAAUAAAAAUAUAUAUUAUUUAUAUAUUAUAAAGAAAAAAUAAAAUAAGAGAGUAAUAAAAAAUUAAAUAAGCUUUAAUUAAUAAAGAAUAUUAUCCAUCGUCAUGCUGAGUGACAACAGUCAACAUUGCUUUUUUGUAUAAAUAAAAAAAAUUAUAUAUAAAGAGAUAAAUAAAUAUAGCAGAAAAUAAAUUUGAAUAAUACUUGAAUAUUGAAUGAUCGGUACAGAAAAAUAACUAGUCUAGAGGACAUUCAAAGUAUAUUCAUUUUUAUUAUUACUUUUAUUUUUAUUUAUUUAUUUAUUUUUUUAUAAUAUCACUGAGUAGUUAACCAUCCACUUAAUUCAACUAGUCACAAAGAUUAAGUAAAUAAUGACUAAAGAGCACAAGAAUAAAAAGAAAAAUAAUAGUCAAGUUAAUAGUCGAAGAGGUAUGAAUUAAUAAAGGCAUUGAAAAAUUUAAUUAAAUGAUUUAAAAAAACAAAUCAAAUAUAAUUUAUUGUAAACAAAAAAAAAAAGCUUGCAACAUGAUGAUUUAUUUUAUUUUUUACCAUUUUAAUCAAUGACCUUACUGCUGAUAACCAUUUGUUAAUAAAUCAUAAAUUAAAAUGUGAAAAGAUAAAUAUAUAUCUAGGUAUAACAUUUUGUGCAAUUUUAAUUCAAUUAAUUAAUUUCAAAUGAAAUAAUAAUGAAAAUUUAAUUAGACAAAAUGUUAUUGUGAAUUAAAAUAUUAAUUUUCAAUGACAAGUAAAAUAAAUAAUUCGACAAAAAUGUAAAUUUAAAAUAUAAAAGUUAUUUGAUUUUUAAUAAUCACUAACGUGCGUAAAUGUGAAAAAAUAAAUAAUAAAUCAAUUUUAAAUAUUAAUUUGAAAAGCACGAGCUCAAAAGCAGUGCAUUAAAUGCGACACAAAUGUGUCCUCUUUGCUCGUAAGGAAUUUUUAUAUUUGUUUAUAGACGUAUGAGCGUGCGACGUCUUUGUCGAAAAAAAAAAAAGUUAUUAGUAAAUUCCCUCCAUUAAAAAAAAAAGGAAAAAAACACUUAAAAAAAUAAAUAAAUAAAUAUAUAUAUAAAAAAAAAAAUAAUAAUAUAUAUACACAUGCUUAAGUGCAAUAUCUGUCCGAACUUGGAACUUCGCCAGUUAAAUAAAUAAAAACUAUUUUAAAUAACACGACAAUUCACUUGUAAUUGAUUGUGACUUAAUUAAAAUGAAAAAAAAAAAAAAAAA